ACGCGCGUGCUGAAAAGAUUAACACUGUUCAGGGUCCGAUUUGCACCGAGCAGAACAUCUCAGCAAACUUCUCAAAAUACCAGCUGUACUCUAGACUAAAAGGGAGAUGAGCAAAGCAACAGAGGAUUUAGAUGACCAAACAGAACAGAAAUGGACAAUGGAAAAAAGAAAGCGAUCAGAUGAUGAACAAACCAUAGUGGAUAUGAAAACCAAAAUGGAGAUUAUUGAAAGACAAAGACAAUUGACAUGGGAAUUAAUAGGGAAGAUUGAACAACUUUGUGAAGAGGCACACAGAGAAAGAAAUGAAAGGGACUACCUGGAGAUAAAAACAGAGCAGCAACAGGAGGACAUCAUCAGACUGACAACUGAAAAUCAGAAGCAGCAUCUAUUAAUAAAUAGACUGAGAUCACAGAUAGAUUACAUUGAUAAACUUGAGGAGAUUAAAAAUGAAGCAGCUCAAGAAAAAUUGCUACUUCUGAAAAUGAGAACUGAAAUAUAUAGCGAAAAAGAGACCCUGGAAAAAAGACAUAAUGAGCUCUUCAAUGAGCGACACAAGUUAGAAAUGAUCAAGAUUGAAAGGGCAACACCAAAAUGUAAUGAUCCAAAAGAAGCAAUGGAGCAGAUAGAGGAGAUAACAGACAGUCUGCUCAGCCUCAUCGACAAAAAUAACAAAAUAAUGCUUGAAACAAAGCAGGAAAAAGAACAUAUGGAGAAAAUCAUGACAGACAUAAAGCAAGAGAUUAUUAGGAAUAAAAACAAUACUCCCAACCAUAGAGAACAACUCGAGCACAUCAAACAUAAUAUACAUUUAAAAUUGAACACAAUGAAACAAAGGUGGGCAGACAUUCAAAGAGCUGAGAGAGUUGAGCUGCAGAAAGCCGCAGUCCCAGAGAUGAGAAGCAGAGAAAGGCAGAAAGAAGGAAGAGAUGCCUUUGGCAUUGUGCAGAUUCACCUCAGCAAAUUCCAGAAGGACAUGAAGAAGCUUUGGGAUGAACUGGAGGAGAUGGUGCUGAAAACAGAGAGCAGUCAAAUUGCAAACAUUACAAGUGACUCUCAAAAGCAAAGAGAAGACACAGAUGUAAGCAUUAAAAUAACACAGUGGCAAACUGAGAUUAAAGCUGAUAUGCAGAGGCAACACAAAAACAUAGAGGAAAAGUUGGCAUGGGUCAAAUCUGAAAGAGAUGAAAUAGAUCAAAUCAAGACUAACAUACAGACUGAGAGAGACGACAUUGAGAGAGACAGGGAGAUAGCUAAUGCAGAAAUGAUUGCAUUGACUUGUGUGAGGGAGAGUACUGAAAGGCAAAUGCAGGAGCUGGAUGAAAAGUUACAAAGGACAAAGAAAGAAAUAAGAGAGAAAGAAGAGUUGAACAGUGAAAUUGAAAUAAAGAAAAAGGAGCUAAUAAAAAUGAUAAGAAUGAGUAAGAGAAAAAGUAAAGAGUCCAGCAGCAUAAUGGAAAAGGCGGAGCGUGCUAAACAAGACAUGCAGGAAGGACAAGACAAGACUGAGGAGCAGGUGAACAUGGAACAUACAUCUGAUGAGCAGAAGAAACAACUUCUUCUGGCUGACAGAACCAGAGACAUAACACAGCAAGUGAAUGCUGACAUGGAGAGACACAUUCCUGAAGUAGAAGAAAUCAGAAAGAUGCUGUGUGGGGUAAGAGCAGAUACAAAGCAGAGCAGGACAGACAUUACAGAAGAGAGAAAAAACAAAUGGAUUAAUUUUCAAUUUAAGAAAAAACAAAGAGAGCUCGACCAACAGAUGGAGAAAACCAUUAAAGAGAGAGAUGAGCUGGAUAUCAUGAAGGUAAAGAUAAAACAAGUCAGGGAAGAGAUGGAACAAAAACUAAAAGAUACAAUAACUACAUUUCUGAAUAUGGGGGAGAUAAAAGCUAGCAUGGAAAAAGCUACUACAGAGAUGAAGAGCACCAGGGAGGAGAUACUUCAAGUACAAAGGGAGAUGGUCCAGAACAAAGAACACAUCAACAAGUACAUGGAUAUGAUGACUUCCAAGAAAGUUCAGGUCAGCAAAUGGAUAUUGACUGACUCUGCAACAAAAAAGGCCUUUUCAGGGAAUACAUCUAAAGUUCAAGAUACACAAAAAAACACGGCAUCUCUCAAGGCUCAACCUUUGGAAAUUCCAACGGACAGAGACAGCAUUGAAGAUGCAAUUACAAAAGAGAAAAUAUCUUUGCAACAAUUUAAAACAUUGGAAGUCCGGCAUCUAAGUGAGGAUAUAAAGAAGCAAGAGCACAAUGUUUUCUUGCAGAUGCGGAAAGAACAUGAAGAAACAAUAAUGGAACAUGAUCAGACAAAAGAUGCAAUACAUUUGGAGAAUGAAAUGGAAGUGAAGAACCAGAUGUGCAAACUCAAAGAUAGAGAGGAGAAAAUAAGGGAGCAAAUAAAGUUUGCAAUCGAAAACAUGGAGGAAGAAGGUCAAGAGAUUAAAAAGCUCAUUAUGGAAAUAAAUGACCUGCAGAUCCAGAAACCAGAGACUGAAAACUGGUUACUAACUACAGGCAGGGUAAACACCACAGAUGAGAUCGUCAAGUAUGAAGUAAAUGUUCAAAAACAGAAGAACGGCCAAGGGGUGAAACAAGAAGAUGCUAAUAAUGUUCAUGAGCAAAAUCAAGGUCAGGAUUUAACACAACAUGUGCAGACCAAUCCUGAUGAGCUAAAUGAAGGGUUUGAUCAAAAGGACACAGCAAGUGAUGAUAUUCAAAGACUUAGGGAAGAGAUUUAUAAAACACAAAAUACCAUUAGACUAGUAAACCUAGAUCUUGAAAACCAAGCUGAAGAAAGCCAUAUCAACAAAAAUCAUGAGAAUAAAGAUGGGGAAAUUGAAGGAUUGCUACAAGAACUGAAAAGAUUCCAAGAGCUUUUAAAAAUGGUACAAACAGCAAUGAGGCAAAGAAAAAUGCAUCGAAAAGAAGAAAUCCUUAACAUGAAAUCCAGGAAAACUACAGCAAAAAUACAGGAAAGAAAACUGGAUCAGAGGUUGGAGAAAAUGAUGAGAGACAGAUAUGAAUUUGAAGUCUUGAAAAUAAAAACACAGAAACAAACAAAAGAGACCAAACUGAAGUUAGAAAAACUGGCUAACGUUAAGAGCACCAUAGAGAAAGUCGCUAGUAGGAAAAGACAGAAAAGUCAGAACAUAGACAUUGUUAUGGCGGAGACCCAAGUAAAACUGAGAAAGUUGGAAGACCUGAGCAGUAAAAUUGGGGCUACCAAACAAGAACUGGAAAAAAGACGUACUUUCUUAUCCAACGAAAGAACAGAACUUUUGACAGUCAACACUGAACUCAGGCAGAAAAAGGACGGAGAAUUUGCCUUGGAAAGUACUGACAAACUGAAGGAAGACAAUAACAAACGUGAAAGAGUGGAAACCGAUACACAAAGGGACGUGUCAGAGAACAGAAAGGGUAGGGAUAUUGAGGAAAUGGAACAUGAAAUCUCUAGACUCAGAUCAGAAAAUGAGAAACUUGAGAAAGAAAUUAAACUGACAAUGGAUCAGAAGAACAGUGAAAUUGAAAAACUGAAAGAGUCUUUAACUGAGCAUGUGAAACUACAGACUAAAAGUAAAGAGAUUGAGAUCCUUAAACAACAGAUUCAAGUUGAGAGGGAGAAUGUGAAAAAAGAAAGAGAGCAAGUUGAGGCAGAAGCACAAGACAUUAACCGUUUAAGAGAGUUCAUAAAAAGAGAGAAACAAGAGCUUGAUGACAAAACGCAAACUACCAAAAGAGAAAUAAGAGAAAUGGAGAUUCUGAAGUCAGAGCUGGAUAUAAAGAAAAAAGAAAGUCAAAAGGUAUUUCGAAGAAAUAUGCAGAAAAACGAUGAAAGUGAAUUAAAGUGGAAUGUCAUACAGAAAGAAAAGGGAAAAUUGAGGAUAGAGACCCAAAACAUGAGAAGAGAAUUAGACCAAAGACUGGAAGAAAUCAUGAGAGAGAGGUAUGAGUCCGAAAUGUUGUGGAUGAAACUAGACAAGCAGAAGGAGGAGCUGGCUGAAGAGAAGCAGAGAUUGAAAGUACAAACUAGUGAUAAAGCAAAAGUAGAGAUGGAGGAAAUGGUCAGCAUGACGGACAGUAUCCAAAAACAAAAAGAGGGGCUUGAAAACCGACUACAAGAGGUUAAAAGAGAAAAAAGGGAGGUUGAAAUGUUGAAGAAUGAGUUGGAGAACAAAAGAACAGCAAAUCAACAGAUGAUUCGACUAAGCAUUAAAAGAGAGCAGGAUGUAAAAAGCAUGUUGGCUGAGAUCGAACAAGAAAAACAUGCAUUCAGGAGGGAGAUACAGAAGAGGAAAAAAGAGCAUGACCAGCGAUUGGAGAGAAUCCACAGAGAGAGGGAUGAACUGGAAAUCAUGAAACUGAAGAUACAGAAAGAAAACGACCAGAGCAGAGGUGGAGCACUAGUGUCCAGCAUGGCCACAACCAGAAAAGUGCAAAAUGGUGUAAUGAAAAUGCAGUAUAAUGAUGCUGCAAGUGAGAAAACACAAGGAACACAGAGGACUUCUAAUCUUCAAAAUGAACAAAUUGACCAGGAAGAGAUAAAAGGACUGGAAUUGGAUGAAGAAGAGAAAAACGGUACGAAGGGAGAUGAGUUUAUAAAAAAACAAAGACUGAUAAGAAGUUCUAAACUGGUGAGUGAAAAAGUGACAAACCAGAGAAAGCCAAACCUUGUUGAAACACGUUUACAUUUUGAAAAAAAAGCGGAACAGCUGAAAAAAGAAAGAGAGAGCCUGGACAGAGAGAGUGAGGUGAUGAACAAAGAAAAGCUGGACUUGGAGCUAAUGAGGUCAGACAUCCUGAAACAAAGUGACAUUUUGGAACAACAGAGACAAUAUAUAAAAGAAGAAAGAAACAAGUUGGAAAUCACAAAGUCUGAUCUUCAAGUGUUGAAAGAACAUGCAGACAAUCAGCUUGAGGAGAUCAACAAAGAGAAAGCCAACAUUAAAGAUCUGACCCUUCAUCUUCAGACAGAAAAAGAUAAACUUGACAAUAACAUUAGCAUGAUUGUUUUAAAACAAGAAGAACAAAAACUCAAGGAGGACAAGCUCAGCAGACAAACACAACAACUGGAAACCAGAAAGACCAGUCUACUGGAAGAAAGAGAAGAACUGGAUCUUUUGAGGAAGGAUCUCAACAAAAAGAAGGAAGACGUUGAAACAGCCAUGAACACCAUCAAUGCAGAGAAAGAGAUACUCAAUCGGAUGCAGAGAACUACUGACAUGGAAAGAGCAGUGCUCAAGAAUGAAAAGGUCGGACUGGAACGAAGAAUGUCGGAUAUGAAAACAAGAGAGGGUCAACUAUUGAAUACGAUGAGAUCAAUUGGAAUUUUGAGGGGAAAACUUCAACAGCUGAAUGAACGGCUGAGAGAAGAAAUGAAAAACAAAAUGAUCAGACUGGAACAGAACAAGGAAGACAGAUUGAAACUGUUGAGUCUUUUGGAGCAAAAGCAUGUCGUUCUGGGUAAACAGAAAGAACAUAUGUCAUGUUACACUGAGACGUUAGUGAGGGAAAGAGAAGGGUUGAAGAUCAUGAUGUCAGAAAUUGUCGCUCACAGAAAGGAAAUGGGAAAUCAACUGAAACAAGAGGCAUUGUUCGAAAGGAGACAUCUUCUGGAACUGAAGGCAGAGUUGAAGAAAGAAAGAGAGGGCCUGGACAGAGAGAGUGAGAUGAUGAACAAAGAGAAGCUGGAUUUGGAGCUGAUGAGGUCAGACAUCCUGAAACAAAGUGACACUUUGGAACAACAAAGACAAGAUAUAAAGGAAGAAAGAGAGAAGUUAGAAAUCACAAUGUCCGAUCUUCAAGUGUUGAAAGAACAUGCAGAAAUUCAGUUUGAGGUGAUCAACAAAGAGAAAGCCAACAUUAAAGAUCUGACCCUUCAUCUUCAGACAGAAAAAGACAAACUUGACAAUAUCAUGACGAUGAUUGUUUUAAAACAAGAAGAACAAAAACUCAAGGAGGACCAGCUCAGUAGACAAACACAACAACUGGAAAUCAAAAAGACCAGUCUACUGGAAGAAAGAGAAGAACUGGAUCUUUCAAGGAAGGAUCUCAACAAAAAGAAGGAAGAGGUUGAAACAGCCAUGAACACCAUCAAUGACGAGAGAGAGAUAAUCAAUCAGAUGCAGAGUACUACUGACAUGGAAAGAGCAAUGCUCAAGAAUGAAAAGGACGGACUGGAAAGAAGAAUAUCGGAAAUGAAAACACGAGAGGAUCAACUAUUGAAUAAGAUGAGAUCAAUGGGAAUUCUGUGGGAAAAACUUCAACAGCUGAAUGAACGGCUGAGAGAAGAAAUGAAAAACAAAAUGAUCAGACUGGAACAGAACAAGGAAGACAGAUUGAAACUGUUGAGUCUUUUGGAGCAAAAGCAUGUCGUUCUGGGUAAACAGAAAGAACAUAUGUCAUGUUACACUGAGACGUUAGAGGGGGAAAGAGAAGGGUUGAAGAUCAUGAUGUCAGAAAGUGUCGCUCACAGAAAGGAAAUGGGAAAUCAACUGAAACAAGAGGCCUUGUUCGAAAGGAGACAUCUUCUGGAACUGAAGGCAGAGUUGAAGAAAGAAAGAGAGGGCCUGGACAGAGAGAGUGAGAUGAUGAACAAAGAGAAGCUGGAUUUGGAGCUGAUGAGGUCAGACAUCCUGAAACAAAGUGACACUUUGGAACAACAAAGACAAGAUAUAAAGGAAGAAAGAGAGAAGUUAGAAAUCACAAUGUCCGAUCUUCAAGUGUUAAAAGAACAUGCAGAAAUUCAGUUUGAGGUGAUCAACAAAGAGAAAGCCAACAUUAAAGAUCUGACCCUUCAUCUUCAGACAGAAAAAGACAAACUUGACAAUAUCAUGACGAUGAUUGUUUUAAAACAAGAAGAACAAAAACUCAAGGAGGACCAGCUCAGUAGACAAACACAACAACUGGAAAUCAAAAAGACCAGUCUACUGGAAGAAAGAGAAGAACUGGAUCUUUCAAGGAAGGAUCUCAACAAAAAGAAGGAAGAGGUUGAAACAGCCAUGAACACCAUCAAUGACGAGAGAGAGAUAAUCAAUCAGAUGCAGAGUACUACUGACAUGGAAAGAGCAAUGCUCAAGAAUGAAAAGGACGGACUGGAAAGAAGAAUAUCGGAAAUGAAAAUACGAGAGGAUCAACUAUUGAAUAAGAUGAGAUCAAUGGGAAUUCUGUGGGAAAAACUUCAACAGCUGAAUGAACGGCUGAGAGAAGAAAUGAAAAACAAAAUGAUCAGACUUGAACAGAACAAGGAAGACAGAUUGAAACUGUUGAGUCUUUUGGAGCAAAAGCAUGAUGUUCUGGGUAAACAGAAAGAACAUAUCUCAUGUUACACUGAGACGUUAGAGGGGGAAAGAGAAGGGUUGAAGAUCAUGUUGUCAGAAAGUGUCACUCACAGAAAGGAAAUGGGAAAUCAACUGAAACAAGAGGCCUUGUUCGAAAGGAGACAUCUUCUGGAACUGAGCAGAAAAAGAAGUGAAUGGUGA